GAAGAGGCCUAUCAACCAUGGCCACCUAUGCGAUUCUGGGCGCCACGGGCAGCUGCGGCUCGGCCCUCGUCGACACGCUGCUGCGAGUGCCAGAUGCUCGCAUCCACGCCUACUGCCGCGACGGGGCCAAGCUCGCCCGCAUCUUCCCGGGAAUCUCGUCCCACCCACGCGUCAAGAUAUUCGAGGGCAGCAUCAGCGAUGCCGCUCUUUUAACGAAUUGCGUCCGGGGUUGCCGCGCCGUCUUCCUCACCGUCUCGACCAACGUCAACGUGCCCGGCUGCACCAUGGCGCAGACCACAGCGGCCACCGUUCUCGCCGCCCUGGAGACCCUGAGAACCGAGCGGGACGGAAGCAAGCAGGCGGCCGCCCUGCCGCGGCUUGUGCUCCUCUCCUCGGCAAGCCUCGAUGAGAAGUUGUCGCGCAACGACCCGCGUCUGCUGCACUGGAUCCUGGAGCGGGCAGCUUCGUACAUAUACGCAGACCUGCGGGCCGCUGAGGGCCUUCUGCGCGCGCAGUCUGCGUGGGUCUCGACCGUCUUCGUCAAGCCGGCGGCACUGGCGGUCGACCAGCAGAGGGGCCACGCGCUGAGCUUGGAGGAGUCGGACGGGCCGCUGUCGUACUUGGACCUGGCGGCCGCCAUGGUCGAGGCGGCUGAUGAUGAGGAGGGCCGGUACGAUGGGCGGAACCCACGGUUUCCCGCCGACGGCCCCUUGCGCCUCUUUGGCAACCUGAUGACACACUACUUCCCGUCUUCGUACUCCUUUCUGCGGUAUAUAUUGCGAUGA